CCCGACACUCCCGCUCCGCCGCACUUCAGCCUCAAGUCUGAUUCCUCAACGUCGUUCGAAGGACAAGCAGACAAAAUGCGUGAAUGUAUUUCUAUGCACGUCGGCCAAGCCGGAGCCCAGAUGGGCAAUGCAUGCUGGGAGCUCUACUGUCUGGAGCAUGGGAUCCAGCCAGAUGGACAAAUGCCCUCUGACAAGACUAUUGGAGGAGGCGAUGACUCCUUCAACACUUUCUUCAGUGAGACUGGAGCUGGGAAACAUGUGCCCAGAGCAAUUUUUGUCGACCUGGAGCCGACUGUCAUUGAUGAGGUGCGCACGGGAACCUACCGUCAGCUGUUCCACCCCGAGCAACUGAUUACAGGAAAGGAAGAUGCUGCCAAUAACUACGCCCGUGGACACUACACCAUUGGCAAGGAAAUUAUUGAUCUGGUUCUUGACAGGACUCGUAAACUGGCUGAUCAGUGCACUGGCCUGCAGGGAUUCCUGAUCUUCCACAGCUUUGGUGGCGGCACUGGUUCGGGUUUCACCUCCUUACUGAUGGAGAGACUCUCUGUCGAUUAUGGGAAGAAAUCAAAGCUUGAGUUUGCUGUCUACCCAGCACCUCAGGUUUCUACUGCAGUUGUUGAGCCCUACAACUCCAUCCUCACCACCCACACCACCCUGGAGCACUCAGAUUGUGCCUUCAUGGUGGACAAUGAGGCCAUCUACGACAUCUGCCGCAGAAACUUGGAUAUCGAGAGGCCAACCUACACUAACCUGAACAGGCUCAUUGGCCAGAUUGUGUCUUCAAUCACUGCUUCUCUUCGUUUUGAUGGAGCCCUGAAUGUUGACCUGACAGAAUUCCAGACCAAUUUGGUGCCCUACCCUCGUAUCCACUUCCCUCUGGCCACCUAUGCCCCGGUCAUCUCCGCUGAGAAAGCCUACCAUGAGCAGCUGUCGGUUGCUGACAUCACCAACGCCUGCUUUGAGCCAGCCAAUCAGAUGGUGAAGUGUGAUCCUCGUCAUGGUAAAUACAUGGCCUGCUGUCUUCUGUAUCGUGGUGAUGUUGUCCCCAAAGAUGUUAACUCCGCCAUCGCAGCCAUCAAGACCAAGCGUACCAUCCAGUUUGUGGACUGGUGCCCCACUGGUUUCAAGGUUGGCAUCAACUAUCAGCCCCCAACUGUGGUUCCUGGUGGUGACCUGGCCAAGGUGCAGAGGGCCGUGUGCAUGCUGAGCAACACCACAGCAAUCGCUGAGGCCUGGGCCCGUCUCGACCACAAGUUUGACCUCAUGUAUGCCAAGAGGGCCUUUGUGCACUGGUAUGUUGGGGAAGGCAUGGAAGAAGGAGAGUUCUCAGAGGCCAGAGAGGAUAUGGCUGCUCUGGAGAAGGAUUAUGAAGAAGUCGGCACUGACAGCGUGGGUGAUGAGGAUGAAGAGGGAGAGGAGUAUUGAAAAGCUUAACAUCAUCACACAUUCCAAAAGUUAUCAUGAAAGUAUCACAUUCCCAAAUUCAUUCUGAUAACCUGUGGUGGUGACCUGACAAUAAAAAGUUCAUGUGAA